UUUUGUUUCCCAACUUGGUGUAUGUGAACUAUAAUAUUAUGAUUGAAAUAUUACCUACUUCCCUUAGUCAACCUGAACAUUGUUUCUCAAACUCCCAAGUUAGCUCAUACAAUCUUAUGUUUCUAGGCAUCAAAAUCAAAUUAACUUGCUUACAGGAUCCUUUCUGUGUCAACUCAUGUAGACUCACAAAAACUCGUAUAAACCUUUGAUUUGAGGACAAUUGAACGAGAGUACAAUAUAAUUGCUAUUUUCUCCCAGAUGUGAACAAAUAUACAGAGGAGGCGAAUGAUGCUCCAUUGAGUCCCAACCCCACCGUAGUUCCUAGAGUAAACAAAGUCAUACACCAGGAACACAUGAACAAAUCCAUUGUUGUGAGUUUGAAAUGAACCCAAAAGGCCAACGAGGUGAACGGACCUAAAUCUGAUGGGCUGAAACCUAGGUCUACCGAGUUGAAUCCAGCUCCAAUGAGGAGAACCCAAUCCCUCCAUAUUUCAUUCAUUAGCAGCUCACAAUAAUAUUCCUAUUUUAGUUGAGGCAGAAUCACCAAUGGAAGGGUUAGAUGAGCUAUUGAAGCUUGCUGAUUUUGUUGUAUGUUCAGCAAAGUUUCCACUGGCUUGGACACAAGCACCAUCUAUCCCGAGUGCAUUAGUUUCCAUGCUUAUAAGAUUGCCAAAUGUCAAGUUUGUGAUUGUGACUCUGGGUGAAGAUGGCUGUCUAAUGUUGGAAAGAAGUACAAAUGAGUAUGUCAGCGUAGAAGAAAGGAAUCUAGAGAGGCUCUUAGAACUCUUGUACAAAGAGAAAGAUGAUAGCUUGGCUAUUCCAACCUGUAUAUCAUCGGUGGUGAGAAAGUUCAGAUCAGAUGGAAUAGGCACAGUUUGUGGGAGAUUCUUGAUCGGAACAGCAGAGAAGAUACCAGAUUCUGAGCUUAUUGAUACAACUGGUGCAGGGGAUGCAUUUAUUGGAGCGAUUAUGUAUGUCAACAAUCACGGACUAAUCGUUGUGAACAGUAAGUAGUAAUGGUUAUUGCACUCACAUGGUUUCCUGCAAUCUGCAAUCCUUAUCUUUGCUGCAAACCCUAUCUUUCCUGCAAUCUGCAAUCCUUAUCUUUCCUGCAAACCUUAUCUUUCCUGCAAUCCCUCUUAAGCACAGGUAUUCCAUUUUAGAUAAAGUAUCGGUACCGGGUAUUUACUGGGUACCGGUACUCAUACGGUACGCGUACGGUACGCACCAAAGCCGUAUUAUUUUUUUU